AUGCAGCCCUCGCCACUCGCCAAUCCAUUGGCAUCCGUAGCCCAAUUGGAGAGCUCCGGGUCACAGCUCGACGGAAUAUCGCAAGAUCUCGAAGAGUCAGUUCGCUAUGCUGGCGCACGACUCACACAGGCUGCUGGUGUGCUACUUAGGCUGCCACAGGAAGUAAUAGCACAAGCUGUCAUCGUGUUCAUGAGGUUUUGGGUUGGUACAGAAGGUGGGAGUCUGGCUGAGUUUGACGCUGGCCAAGUCUCAGCCUCCUCACUAUACCUUGCCACAAAACUCUCUGCAUACCCAAAGUCAGCGCGUAGUCUUGUCAACGUCUACGCCUACCUCGAUGCGUUUCCCCUUCCUCCAAUGGGCGCCGAGCCUAAUGAAAGCAACGCGGAGAUGCACUAUACCGAGCAACAUGUGCUUAAGAAGCUUGGAUUCCAGGUACAUGCGAACCUACCAUAUGCACUGUGCGUCACAUAUAUGCAAGCGCUCGAUGUCUUCACACAUCCACGCGUCUCUGAGCUUGCGAAACGAGCAAUUGCACAUCUCAACACCGCACUGCUAAGCCCUCAACUUAUGUACCUUACGCACCGACCUCCGAGCCUGGCGACUGCAGCGAUAUACCUUGCGGCAAGAGAAACAGGCAUCAAGUUGCCGGAAGUUCAAUGGUGGGAAGUAUUUGAUACAGACAGGGAAGAGCUUGGCUUCCUUUGCGUCGGCUUCCUCAGCACGCAAGGAUUUGCUGAGCAGGAGAAGUCAAACUGGGUUGGGCGAAGGGUCCCUCUUACUGUCGAGGAAGUAAAAGCAGAAAUGAGGAGACGGAUUGAAGAGAGCGAGGCGUGA